GCUUUCGGUCCUGUCUAGGACCGAGACACAGGGCGGCCAGAUGCGAUGUGGGGCUCCAGGGCGCAGCAAUCAGAUCCGGAUAGGGGCGGAGCCUGCCUGCUGGCUGCUCUCCUACUCUGUUUCAGCCUCUUACAUGCUCAGGACUACACAUCCUCGCAGACACCUCCACCCGAACCAAGAGGCCCGAUCCUGAAAGAAUUAUGUGGCAAGACCAAAUUCCAAGGGAAGAUCUACGGCGGUCACAUUGCAAAGGCUGAGCGGUGGCCGUGGCAGGCCAGUCUGCUCUUUCGUGGCAGGCACGUCUGUGGAGCGGUUCUCAUCGACAAAAACUGGGUAGCUAGCGCUGCCCACUGCUUCCAAAGGUCUCUCAAACCAUCUGACUACCGGAUCCUGCUAGGGUACACGAAGCUGAGCAAUCCCUCCAACUACAGCCGGCAGAUGACAGUGAAUAAGGUCAUCUUGCACGAGGACUUUAACAAGCUCAAGAGUCAGGAGAAAGACAUUGUCCUGAUCCAGCUACACCAGCCUGUGACCUACAGCUCCCACAUUUUCCCCAUCUGUGUCCCCGACAACAACACGAAGGUGCCCCCUGAUAGUCUCUGCUGGAUAAGUGGCUGGGGAAUGCUCUCAGAUGAGAAGUUCCUGAAAGAGCCUUUCCCUCUGCAAGAUGCAGAGGUCUUCCUCAUGGAGGAACAGGAAUGUGAGGCCUUCUUCCAGACGCCAGAGAUGAUCAGCAUCAUUGAGUACGAUGUCAUAAAAGAUGAUAUGAUAUGUGCCGGAGACCUCACCAACCAGAAAUCCGUCUGCCGAGGAGACUCUGGGGGUCCCCUUGCCUGCUUCCUGAAUAGCUACUGGUACGUGAUAGGGCUGGCCAGCUGGAAUGGAGCAUGUCUAGAACCGAUACACAGCCCCAACAUCUUCACCAAGGUCUCCCUCUUUUCUGACUGGAUCAAGAAGAAAAAGGCAGACAUGCCUGAUGCUGACCCCUCCUCAGUACCCCUUGAGGAAGUGGCGCCAUCCCUGAUAGGCUGGGAUAAGUACAGUGCAGGCACUACCCUCGUACCCAGUAUCUACACAACCAUGCUGUCUUCUCAGGUCCUCCUCCUGCAAUCGAUUUGGCUCAGGAUUUUGUGAUGGGCCCACAGAGCCUUGCAAGCCAUUGUGGCUGCUGGCCUAUUCACCGAGAGCCACUUUGCAUGGUUCCAACUGUGGGCUCACUUGUCCCAUCUGAGGCCACACCAGCUCCAGGCCUGACAGAAUAAAGCAACUAAAGACA